AUGACUUUCCGAGGACAACGACGUAGGAGAAAAAUACGUAAAUGGCUGAAUGUUUUACGAACAAAUAAUCGAAACCUUCAUCCAUCGUUAAAUAAUCACAGGUUACACGAUCAUUUUUACGCGACGAGAUCGAAGAGCGAACAACGUAUUGUCACAAAAGCAGACUCGAAUCAAUCGUUGGUCGUCUCGAAACAAUCAUCGGACAGCAGUGUCAUUUAUCUGGGAACUUUCCGAAAGAUUCCUGAAUUAAUAAAUUUGGAAGACGCCAAUGAUGACUGUCAGGCAGAGGUAGCCAGACACGACGAAAUUCAAUCUCCAAAAUUUGAGGUAUACUAUACAGAAUAA